AUGGCAGCCGCAGCUCUCUCCGCCCGACCCAACCGCCUUAGCUCAGCCGUCUCCGAUGUUCAUCUCCACCCUCUCUAUCUUCCUUCUAAGCUCAAUUCCCUUUUCUUUCCUUCCGUUCAGUCUCAGCCGUGGCGCUCCGCCGCGAUUCUCUUACCUACGCGACGGCGAUGCGCGGCGGCGAGAGCUAGUUCUCGCGCCGACGAUUCUCCGCCUUUCGAUAUGUCUGUUGAGACGGCUCUUAAGGUACUCGGUGUCUCUGAAGGAGCUUCCUUCGACGAGAUACUUCGUGCUAAGAAAUCGAUCCUUGCUUCUCGUAAAGACGAUCCCAACGCCAUCUCUCAGGCGGAGGCUGCAUAUGACAUGUUGCUGAUGCAGAGCUUAAACCAACGCCGAGCAGGCAAAGUUGUGAGCAACAACAUUCGCUACGCCGAUGUUAAAUCCAGUAACCCUCUGGGAACAGGUACUGUAUCUCAAUGGAUGAAGAAUCCACCUGUCUCUAUUGAUAUGCCAUCCACGAGCGAUCUGGGGAUACAAGCCGGAGUCUAUGGAGCAAUGAUGGUCUUGACUUACGUGAACGGGAGUUCCAUAGAGUCUUCAGGAAUGCCUUAUGCCGGGGCUGAUGUGCCCGGACUGAUAUUGGCUAGCAGCUUUGGAGCUUCACUAUACUUCAUGACCAAAAAGAAUGUCAAGCUAGGUAAUGAUAACAUCUUUUCAUCUUCUUCUGAGCUCACCGCAAGUGCGAACAACUCUGAUGCAGUUUUGUGUGUUGGUGCAGGGAAAGCAGUUGCGAUAACGGCAGGAGGACUAGUGGUUGGUGCAGUGGUGGGAUCGACCAUAGAGAGCUGGCUGCACGUUGAUGUGGUCCCGUUUCUGGGUCUCCACUCCCCAGCCGCAUUAGUGAGUGAAUUCAUAGUCUUCUCUCAGUUCUUGGUGUCUCUAUGCUUACGGUAG